AUUUUUGAAUUCUUCCAUUAUUGAAAUUCAGUUCAAACGUAAAGUUUGAAUGUGCUAAAAGUUAAUUUAUUAUCUAAUUGUAGCGAAAAGUAUACCGGGAGCGAUAUGAUCACAAAGUUGGUGGUUUACUGGACACUAAUCGUGGUGGCCGUGUUGCUGACGAGCGGUGCGCACGCAGAUGUAGAGAAUCGCGACCAACAGUGCGGCAAAUGUCGCUGUGAGAUAAUGAGGGCGGACUGCUCCAACCUGCAGCUGUCGUUCAUCCCGUACAACUUGAGCUCGAACCUACAAGCGCUCGAUUUGUCCUACAAUCGGAUCGUAGAAAUCAGAGCCUAUGAGAUUGUGUAUCGCAACCAGGAAAAUCUACUCGAGCUAUACAUCAGGAACAGUUCGAUCCAACGACUGCAUCGUGAUGCGUUUCGGAACAUGUCAAUGCUGAUUAUGUUGGAUCUGCAGGAAAAUCAACUAAAGAGAUUGGAACCCGGAUUGUUUGACGAUAUGGUAGAAUUACGUCAUCUUAUCUUGAAUAACAACGAACUUACGCAGAUAGAGUACACUCUGCUGUUGCACGUUCCAAUGCUGUCUUAUAUGAACCUGGACGUUAAUGGGCUGAGAAGUUUACAUCUUGUGACAUUUAUACAUCUGACAAAGCUGAACAGCCUCUCGUUGCGAUACAAUCCCUGGGACUGCAGCUGUGAUUUCGUCGAUUUCGCCGAGUUCGCUAGAAUCCGUGGUUUAUACAACGAUUCAAUAAUAUGUGCUGAUCCCCCGCUUCUGACCGGCAAGAGAUUGAACGACACCAUCGAACUGGAUGAAUUAUCCUGUAAUCCUUUGGCUAUAAUGAACCACAUAUACUCCGUAAUUGUUAUAUCACUCAUGAUCAUUACAAUUGCGAUCUUAUGCUACAUCAACUGUAAAACAAGGAUACUUAGGGAAUACACAUCCAUCAUCGCGAAAGGACUGAAUAAUUCGAAGUAUCGAGUAACUUCGGUCGCGAUUGAGUUGGAGGAAAAUUUGCAGACCAAGGCGGAGACAAACGUGGAAGGACAAACCAGAUUCGCCACUCAGGAAGAAAGUACGGCUUCGAUUCGUCUGUCAAAUAUAACUCCCCAAUCGAUAGACGAUCUGCCAUCGGAUUUGCGGGAUCUCCUGCGGGCUUGUUUCCCCCAGUCACUCGAUCCGGAGUCAAACAUACCCAUGCAUGAUCAAUCAUUCGACAAGUCGUUUUCGCUAUCCAGUCAGCUCAGCCUGGACGACAUUGACGAUAUUUUGGAAGCUUCUAUCGGUGGUACAAUUUUUGCCGAUUUCAGAACGUUGCAGUACCCUAAGAAAACGGAGGACCGAACGCUAGCAGGCAGUGCAGCUCACGAAUACGCCACCAUGCCGAGAGGACGUCGCACAGUUAGAUGGUCCCCUUCCACCACCUCGCUGCCUCGCCAAAUAUCCGAGCCCGAUCUCGAAGUCGACACUUAA